GUCAAUAUGGCGGAUGCAGAUCUGUCAUCUCCCCAGAUUAUAACUUAUCAUCGCCGAGUCGACAGAACACCAGAGAAAAAUGAUGACAACACGUGUGAAACAGAAAAAAUAAUGAAAAGUGAAUUACGUCGGGCACUGGAAAAUGUCCACACGAAGAUGACUCGACUUCAAGACGAUGUGGAUGACAGAGAAAAGGAAAUUGAAGAGGAAAGGAAGCGGCGAAAGGCUGCUGAGGAAAGACUGCAUGCCUACCUUGUGGAUAUGUAUGAUAAUGAGGGGGAGGUAGCGAAUGAACUCCGUCAGCGACUUCCACGGGCCAAUAAAACUGACCCACUUAAAUCACAGAUCGAAGAGAAAAUAGAACAAGUUGAGGAAGGGCAAAUCGAGGCUGACUUCAGUGAUGAUGUACUAGCAGCAAAUCCAGAGAAUAUGUCUGCCGCAAGAAAUUCAGUGUUAAAUGACUUGGAAAGACAGAUUAUCCAAGAAGAGAAACCACAUCUGUCAGGUCAGGAGAAUGGAACAGCUUCAGGAGGGGGUCAGAGUUCAGGUCUCCGUGUUAACCAGUCCAGUCCAGGCCAGACUGUUCCUCCUCGUCCGUACAUGCCAUAUAUGGGUAUGCCCACAGCAUCAAUGUACAUGCAGCCAGUCGCUCCCUACAUGUCUAAUUACAUGAGCGCCCCCUAUCAUCCGGGGAGUUUUCUGUCCCCGCCUCGUUACUUCAAUCCUGGGAUGCGUACUCCAACCCCAACAUUACCACAGAGGUACAGCCCCAGCACCACAGGCUCAGCGAAUACCUCUGGGGAACACAUAGACAAUCCACUGAAGGUCGGAGAUCUUCAGUCUAGUGCCCCAGGGAGAGGGGAGAGUGGGGACCCUCUAGGGUCUUCUGGUGAAGGUCAGCCCAAGGACAUAUCCAACGGCUCUCCAUAUAGAACAUCUCCAUUCCACAGUCACAUGUCACCAUCUUUCUCCCCCUACAUGGUUGACCCCAACUAUGCUAGAUUUACAAACGGUCUCAAUAUGGCUGGUCAUCUGUCUAGUCCCAGUCGGCCAGAGGACCAAGCCAAACAGAUUGCAUUAUUGAUGGCUGAACUGGAGACCGAGAAGGCUUGCAAUAAAAAGUUGGUGGAUAGAUUGGCAGACAUGGAAAUAGAGCUAGAAACUACGAAACUGUCCCUGAAGACAUCUGGCUCUGACCAGCACCAUGACACAGACGCAGACAAGGCUGCAGCUCUUGUCCAGGAAGUUCGCUCAGCUCAGAAGAAGCGAGAUGAAUCGUCCAUGAACAGAAUCAAGAUAGCUAAUCAGGAGCGAGACGAAGCUUUGUUACGAUUACGUCAGGCAGAGAUACGACUCGAGGAUCAGGGCUAUGGAACACCUGAGAGAUCAGAUAAUGAAGAUUUAGAUGAAGAUGACCAGGGUAUGGAGCAGCUUCUGGCGAGAUUGGGAGGACCAGACACUGGGGACGGGACGGAACAGGAGUGUACAACCCUGCUACAGAGGCUGGAAAUGAGGAAGAGGAGACAGCAGGAGAUUACCGCUGAAGAGAUGCAGGUCAUACUGGAGCAACGAGACACGGCUCUGGCAAAGGCCCGCAGGUACGAAGAGGAGCUGCUCCGUCAGCAGCGACAGGGUGCAGAUCAUAACCUCAAAGCCAAACUAGCAGCAGUCACACAAGAGAGAGACAUGGCCUUGGCCCAGAUCAAACAGCUGAAGGAUGAGAUAAUGACAAUCCGUAUCUACUACAGUUUACACAAGUCUUUGUCACAAGAUUCCCAUGAUCAGCUGAACACAUUCCAAAGUGGGAGUUCAAAGGUCGGAGGAGAUAGCAGUGGAGAUGGGGUCCAAGAGAAAAAGGAAAGCAACACAAGUGUGGCCCAACUCCGGGCAGCAGAGCAUGAAAAUAUCCAGUUAGAGGCAGACCUUCAGAAGCUGGAACAUGCUCAUCAAGAUAGCAAGGACAAAGUUGUCAAAUUAGAGAGAUUGGUUGAUAUCCUGCGCCGGAAGUUGAAAGGCCUGGAGUUAGAAAGAGAGGAGGACCAGGCGAAUGCCCAGUAGGACUGGUUAUGUUCGUCCUGAGAUCCUAAUCUUGGAAGGACAGCUCUGAAGGAGUAUACAUUCAAAGAAACUUUGGAGAAACAUCCUUUAAUAAACCUGAAGAGAAGGAGACAAACCAGUUUUGUUAUGAAGUGUAAAACAAAGUACCCACACUGAUACACUGACCAAAGAUUUUCUUGUCUCCCUAAAAUUUGUUUAUAAAUACAUAUAUAUACACAAUCCGUUCCUUUUGCCAGUACAACGAUGUAUGUCUCAAGUGUUCAAUUUAAGGACAGAUUUUUUUCUGGUGUUAUCAGGUUGAUUAUACAUACAUUAACAAAAUAAGUCCUAUUUUUUUCUCUAAAACUGUUACUUUGUGAGGGAGUCUCUGUAGGAGAGAGUGUGAGAAUGAAUUCUAGGAGGAGUCUAACAUCUAUGAUGCAAACUUGAUAACUAUGUACUUAUUAUUAAACACUAUUUUUUCCACAAGAUUAUUUUUCAUCCAAUGGCUAUAUAUUCAAUAUAUUUACAUUUCUGCUUUUAUGACCAUAUACAAAUGUAUAGAGAUAAGCACAACUUGGUUAAAAUGUGUUCAUUGGACUUGUGUAUCAGCUUCAGAUUCCUGUGAAUUCUUGUUCCGCCCACAUAUUACAGUGCCAUCAUUUAGAUGAUGUUCAGUUGUCCCAAGAAUGUUGUUGACACAGACUUAAAAUGUGAAAACUUCAAUUCUGCCAACGUCACCUAAGUCUUGUAUACUUACAUAUCUAUACAUACUGUCAUGGGUUGGAAUGUAAGUACAUUCAAACUGGUAUGAACCCAAGUUGUUUACAUACAUAUUUAACAUGAAGCCAUCUAACAGUGAAGAUGUGAAUGAUUUGUCAUCCUCUCUGUAUGGAUAUCUGUCUCUUAGUUGGAUGUCUCAUCAGCUGUUUUAUUUAUCUAUAUAAUAAGUUAUAUCAUGGUCAAAACAUACUGAGAUUUAUAAUUAUAUUACCAAUGGCAUUUUAUAUACAAACUAUGUGCAAUGAUUUGCAUAAUUGAUUAUAGUGAUAACUUACCAUUAUAUACAAUCCUUAGAUUUAAUUGUUUAAGCUGUAAAUUUGUAUCAUUUUCCAGAAAAGUUAAGGUUUUCAUUGAAAGUGGUGUGGAAUCAGAAAGUACUCUAAAGAAAAUAUCAUCACACAAAAUAACAAAGUGUAAAUGGUGAUUACACGAAAAAAGUUUUUUUAUGAAAGUUACGAGGAUAUUCCAGGUACAGGGUACAGUAAGUUGUCGUUUGAUUUAAUUAUUUGGAUUGAAAACCUGUCGGCCAUUAUUUGCUAUCUGUGAUGCUUAAUUUUGUUGAUAUUAUGUUGUGAAGAUUUUAUCUUGUAAAUAUUUUGUUUACAAAAUAUAUAAUAUUAUCUAUGAUACUAUUUAACGCUAAUAUUAUUAUUUACAUGUACUACCAAGCUUUAUGUUUCCUCUUCUGUGCCAUUCCUAUUCAUCAUAACCUAUAGCAAUUAUAUCACUCUUUACAUACUACUUGUUAACUUAUUGUAUCUGUAUAUUCAUUGUCUAUUUUAUUUCUUUGAUAAUGUUAUUAAACCACAUCUACAUAAUACAUAUCAGAAUUUAAUCAAUGUAUGUUAAUUUAGUGUCAGUAUAUAUAUUUAUAUACAUGUAUAAUAAUUAUUUAGUAUAUAGUUUUUGAAUAAUGACAAAGUGAUGAGGUAGUCACCAGCUGCGACAAAAGUGAAAUAGACUCAACAUUACCAUAUUUGUCCUGUAAGAAGCUCAGGAUGCCAACACACAAGCUAUAUAGUUAAGGAUGGGCUUAUUACAGGACAAUGAAAUAACUAUUGUUUGCAAAUAUAUUCAGUGAAAUACAAUAUAUAUAGAAGUGAGUUGGCUGAUUACCAGACGUGGGUUUAUUGCUGGAUAAAUACGGUAAUAUACCAACACUGAUAACAGCCCUAUUGUGGGACAGUCUGUUGAUAUGAUAUAGAUACCAGUGUAUUGUAGUUGGUUGUGGGAAUAUUUAGUACUGUUAAGAUACCACCUGAUAUUGUUGGUAUCAUACUGCAUUUAUCUGAUAGGGACAUUUACUGGGAUUACAGACAAUUAUAUUGUAGUGUGAAUUGAUGCGUAAUCAAAAUUAGAUCGUAACGUGGUUUACUGUAGUUUUAGUAGAAAGUGUCCCAGUCCU